CCCCUGGCUGGGCUUUCUCCCACCUCCUUUCCUCCUCCCACCCCGGUCGACCCCUGGGCAUGAGCAGUGAUGGCCGGCUGCAUCCCUGAGGAGAAAACUUACCGGCGCUUCCUAGAGCUAUUCUUGGGCGAGUUUCGUGGACCGUGCGGCGGCGGCGAGCCGGAGCCAGAACCCGAACCCGAGUCCGAACCCGAACCCGAACUGGGAGCCGCUGAGGCGGCCGACGCUUCGGUCGAGGAACCGGGGGAGGAGGGGGCGACGAUAGCGGCGACGGAAGAGGGAGAGCAAGACCCAGACCCGGAGCCCGAAGAGGAGGCGGUGGAGGAGGAGGAGGCGGCGGCGGCGGCAGCGGCGGCUGAGGGCGAGGAGGAGGAGGAGGAGGAGGAAGAGGAGGCGGCGGCGGCAGAGGCGGCGGCCGCCGUUCCCGGGCACUCGGCCGGGCCGCCGCCGCCGCAGCCCCAGCUGCCGCCGCUUCCCCCGCUCCCGCGGCCGCUGUCGGAGCGCAUCACCCGCGAGGAGGUGGAGGGCGAGAGCCUGGACCUGUGCCUGCAGCAGCUCUACAAAUAUAACUGCCCCUCCUUUCUGGCUGCUGCGUUAGCCAGAGCCACAUCAGAUGAAGUCCUUCAGAGUGAUCUUUCUGCACAUUAUAUCCCAAAGGAAACAGAUGGCUCAGAAGGUACUGUGGAGAUUGAGACAGUGAAAUUGGCGCGUUCUGUCUUCAGCAAGCUACAUGAGAUUUGUUGCAGCUGGGUGAAAGACUUCCCUCUCCGCAGGAGACCCCAGCUUUAUUAUGAGACAUCAAUCCAUGCCAUCAAAAACAUGCGCAGGAAAAUGGAGGACAAACAUGUCUGCAUUCCUGACUUUAAUAUGCUCUUCAACCUAGAGGACCAGGAAGAACAAGCUUACUUUGCAGUAUUUGACGGCCAUGGGGGAGUGGAUGCUGCCAUUUAUGCCUCCAUUCACCUACACGUUAACUUAGUACGCCAGGAGAUGUUCCCCCAUGAUCCUGCUGAGGCUCUGUGCCGAGCCUUCCGGGUCACUGAUGAGCGGUUUAUACAGAAGGCAGCCAGGGAGAGCUUAAGAUGUGGGACCACAGGAGUGGUGACUUUUAUCAGAGGCAACAUGCUACAUGUGGCCUGGGUGGGCGAUUCCCAGGUUAUGCUUGUGAGAAAGGGCCAAGCUGUUGAACUAAUGAAACCACAUAAACCAGACAGAGAGGAUGAAAAGCAGCGAAUUGAGGCCCUUGGUGGCUGUGUAGUCUGGUUUGGUGCCUGGAGGGUGAAUGGAAGUCUGUCAGUCUCCAGAGCUAUAGGAGAUGCUGAACAUAAGCCAUAUAUUUGUGGGGAUGCAGAUUCUGCCUCUACUGUUUUGGAUGGGACUGAAGACUACCUCAUUCUAGCUUGUGAUGGCUUCUAUGAUACUGUUAACCCCGAUGAGGCAGUGAAAGUUGUGUCUGACCACUUGAAAGAGAAUAAUGGAGACAGCAGCAUGGUUGCCCACAAAUUAGUGGCAUCAGCUCGUGAUGCUGGGUCAAGUGAUAACAUCACUGUCAUUGUGGUAUUCCUGAGGGACAUGAACAAAGCUGUAAAUGUUAGUGAGGAAUCAGAUUGGACAGAGAACUCUUUUCAAGGAGGGCAAGAAGAUGGUGGGGAUGAUAAGGAGAAUCAUGGAGAGUGCAAACGCCCUUGGCCCCAGCACCAGUGCUCAGCACCAGCCGAUCUAGGCUAUGAUGGGCGUGUGGAUUCAUUCACUGAUAGAACUAGCCUGAGCCCAGGGUCCCAAAUCAACGUGCUGGAAGACCCGGGCUACCUAGAUCUUACACAAAUAGAAGGAAGCAAACCUCACAGUGCCCAGUUUUUGCCACCAGUUGAAAUGUUUGGGCCUGGUAUACCAAAGAAAGCAAAUCUUACAAAUGAGCUAAUAAUGGAGGAAAAAUCAGUUCAAUCAUCAUUGCCGGAACAGAGUGGUACAGGAGAGUUUCUGGCUUCUUUUAAUUUGGGUUCAACAGAGCAACAUAUAUACAGAAUGGAGAGCUCAUCUCCUGUCUGUUCUGGGUUGGAAAGAGAACAGUUCAAAUCCCUGGGGAAAAGAGUUUCAAAAUAUCAUUUACACCACCACUCUAGGAGGCAGCAUGGGUUCAGGUUUAAUCCAAAGUUUUAUUCAUUUCUCUCUGCUCAAGAGCCUUCUCACAAAAUAGGCAUUAGCCUGUCCUCACUUAUUCGAAGUGGGAAGAGAAACAGAAUGUUAAGUUCUGUGCCACAGAAGGAAAAUAGUUGGCAAGGGUACAGUGAGAAUAUAAUAAAGAAGGUCAGAAAGAAUAAUAAUAUUCCAUACCCAGAUCUUUCCUGGAACUAUAAAAUAUAGUACCUUUUCUUCCAAGUAGGCUAGCUAGCUCUCAAUUAAAAAUACCACUAUCAAAGUAGAAACAAGGUAGACAUUUUUCUAAAGCACAUGUGCUUCAUUAUGAAUCCAUGGAGGCUCGAUUCUUAAAUGUAAAUAGAUCUCUAGGAAACUCAAAUAGUGUUUUCGACUUGAAAAAAAGUAUUGGCAGUUUCACUAGCAAAAUUAUACAACUGGUUCCUGUGAUGUGUCUCUACACCUACAUAGAAUCCUCUUGUCCACUACCCCUUCACAUCACUAGUGGAAGUUACUUCAGUCAGGAUAUAUAGGGUUGAAAUCUGCUCUGAUGUGCCUAAUCUAUCUAUGGGAAACCUAAUGCAGAAUUAAAGCUGAGAACUCCAGGGGAGUUUGAAGGGUCUCCCCUAACCCUUUGUUUUGGAAGGGAAAAGACUAAAAGCCAUAUGGAUUUUAAAUGACAAUGAUGAAACUAGAAAGCAAGUAUAGAAGUGUCACAUUCUCAGACUUGUAAGGCAUUAUAUUAUCAAAGAAAUUUGCUUUUCUUCCCUGUAACAAAUGACAAUUAUGAACAUCUUUAUUUCAUUUAUAAAUAUUUUAAAAUUAAAAUAUAUUUCCUAGGGCUGUAGUUACUUGAGUUUUAUAGCCUGUUAUGGUGCUUUGGGUGGAAUUUUUUGUUAUUUGUCAUUUUAGGAGACCACUGUAUGCUGGUUUUUAAUCUAUGAUGUGUUUUUUACCCUACCUUCAUCUCAGGAAUAAAAGUGGUUUAAUAGAGAUGAUGUUGGGUACAAAAUAUGAGUCAAAAUGCCAUUUAAAAAGAAAGUUAAGUAACAUUUCUAUAUUUUAUACUUUUUAAAGAUCAAGCAGC